AGAGACUGUGUGGGGUACUACAGAGGGGAACAGCGCACAGCAAAGGUAAACAAGGUCUUUAAUCAAUCAGCGGAUGUUUAAAAGCAGGGAACAGUCGAGAAAAAGCAGGUUGUGAAUGGAGGCAGCCUGCAGUUUGUACAGGAGGUUAUAAGUAGAGGAGCUAACUGUGCCAGAAAUACAGAGCAGACCUCAGCUGUUGCACUAGCCCAGUCUGAUCAGAUUUGUCAAGCCUCACCUCCUAUUUCUUCUCAACGGCCCUCCUUGUUGCCUCGUUUUCCUCUCCGGAGCCAUGCAUCCCCAGCGUCCUCUUCCCCAGGCCAUGCCUUCCUCCUCUCUGGGACAGCACCUGAGGGACAUGGCCAUGGGUCUGGGAAGAGGCAAGAACUUCCUUGGAGGAAACUUUGCCUACGGUUUUAUUCAGUCGUUUAAGGAGUGCCUCUACUUCCUCCUCUGCUGCUGGUGCAUCAAAGAGAUCCUGGACUGACAGAGAGUAAAUCAAGUGGUCAAACAUUGAUUUUCCAUUUUUCUCCGUUGGCUCCUAUAGUGUAAUUUAAACCAGCUUUUAUUUCAUUGGGAAUGGAGUGUUUGAUCAGCGGUGCUGGCAAAGCAUU